AUGGUGUUUGCUUGGGAAGCAUAUAGAAAAAACGUGGACGUCCACCUCCAGUCUGAACCUACAAGGGCUGAACUUUUGUAUAAGGAGUUCGAAGUUAAAAAACAGGAAUCUAAAUGUAGAAUAAAAGAAAAUAUUCUUGACAAAUAUGGUGGAGGUGAACAUUUGCAAGUCCCUCCAAAGGAACUCAUCUUUGGGCAAUCGGAGGAUUAUGUAGAAUAUUCUCGGCAUGGUGUCAUUUUGAAAGGAACUGAGAAACCGGUAGUUCGAUCUAAAUAUGAAGAUGUUUUUAUCAAUAAUCAUACG